GAUGUUCCCAUAAGAAAAACAAACAAAGAGCUUAAGUGAUAAAAUCAUAGUAGCAAUAAUAAGUGUAUAUUGCUGAGACCAUGAAGUUCUUUUAUUUUAUCACACUCCUGACAUUUGUGUUGUACCACUUGAGUACAACCGCGGCUGCUCUCCCAGCACCUUCGAAUAUGACUCGUGUUAUCGAACUCACACCUGAAAACUUUGAUGAAUAUGUAAAUCCUGGAGCUGAUCGGUAUACAUUUGUGCUAUAUUGUGUUUCUUGGGCAAGACCAUGCAAGCAAGUAGAUGAAACGUGGGAUAUCUUUUCCAUUAGUCAAUCAAAGAAGAAGCUCCGAGAGAUCUUUACUGCUGCCCGUGUAGACGCAAAAAAGUAUCCGGAGUUGGCAAAACGUAUGAAUGUAAAUUCCUUUCCAACAAUGCGAUAUUACACACCUGACUUUCCUGAUGGAUUAGAAUAUUAUGGCCAACGAGAGGUAGCAUUGCUGGACAGCUUUGUGUUUCAGUUUUCAUAA